UCACCUCCCCCUCUGGCUCUGACUGUCGCCUCCUUUAUAAAGCCUAGCUCACUAUCAUCCCCAUUCGUCCCUCACUGCUGCUGCCAGCUCUGGGCUCCAUGGACGGGUCCCACCUGAGGUGCCCCUGACCGUCCCUGUCCCCCGCUCCACCCGGGAUCCCGGCAAUGCUAACCGCUGUCUGCGGCUCUCUGGGCAGCCAACACACGGACGCACCGCACGGCUCUCCGCCGCGCCUCGACCUGCAGCCUCUGCAAACGUACCAGGGCCAUACGAGCCCGGAGGCCGGGGACUACCCAUCCCCGCUGCAGCCCGGAGAGCUGCAGAGCCUCCCGCUGGGGCCGGAGGUGGACUUCUCGCAGGGCUAUGAGCUGCCGGGGGCCUCCUCGCGGGUAACCUGCGAGGACCUGGAAAGCGACAGUCCCUUGGCCCCGGGACCCUUCUCCAAGCUCUUGCAGCCAGACAUGUCCCACCAUUACGAAUCGUGGUUCCGGCCGACUCACCCCGGCGCAGAAGACGGCUCGUGGUGGGACCUCCAUCCCGGCACCAGCUGGAUGGACCUCCCCCACACUCAGGGCGCGCUCACCUCGCCUGGUCACCCGGGGGCGCUUCAGGCCGGCUUGGGGGGCUACGUCGGAGACCACCAGCUUUGCGCUCCGCCGCCCCACCCACACCCUCACCACCUUCUCCCGGGUGCCGGAGGGCAGCACCUCCUAGGGCCCCCCGACGGGGCCAAGGCCUUGGAAGCGGCUGCCCCGGAGUCCCAAGGGCUGGAGUCCAGUCUGGACGGCACGACCCGGCCCAAAGGCUCCCGGCGGUCGGUGCCGCGCAGCUCGGGCCAGACCGUGUGUCGCUGUCCCAACUGCCUGGAGGCGGAGCGACUGGGAACGCCGUGCGGACCCGACGGCAGCAAGAAGAAGCAUUUGCACAACUGCCACAUCCCAGGCUGCGGGAAGGCCUACGCCAAGACGUCGCACCUGAAGGCGCACCUGCGCUGGCACAGCGGCGACCGUCCCUUCGUGUGCAACUGGCUCUUCUGCGGCAAGCGCUUCACGCGCUCCGACGAGCUGCAGCGCCACCUCCAGACCCACACGGGCACCAAGAAGUUCCCCUGCGCCGUCUGCAGCCGCGUCUUCAUGCGCAGCGACCACCUGGCUAAACACAUGAAAACCCACGAAGGCGCCAAGGAGGAGGCGGCCGCCGCCGGGGCGGCACAGGGAGAGGGCAAGGCUGGCGGUGCGGUGGAGUCCCCCGGGGCCAAAGGCAAGCGGGAGGCCGAGGGCAGCACAGCUCCCUCCAACUGAGCUCGGGGCGGAUGGGGGGGGGGGGUUGCUGCUGUUCCCCAGUACCCCCAAGGCCCACGUGGUCGAGGCCGGCUUGAGUUAGAGGGAGAGGCGCUUAUUUAUUGUGCGGGAGGAAGAGCGAUGCGGGGACCACGGGGAGAAGGGCGCUUGAAGGGACAGUGUUGGGUUCUGGGGCCGGGACAGGAUGCCGCCCGGGAGGAGCUUUGCGC